GUCUUGUUUGUGGCUCAAGAGAAAAUCAGGCAAUGGCCAACUAAUAAAAUAAUCUCAACACUCUAUCUGUCGAUUUUGGACAACUACAACAAGAUUGCAUCUUGGACAUCUUAUUCUGUCUUCGUGCGCGAUUCUCCCUGCCUCUGUCUGUCUCUCUCCAAAUGUUUGCCUAAGAGAGAGUCAACCAUGGGGGUUUGGUGCCCUGUUCUUGGAAGCAGGGACCGUCUUCUCCUCAACCUUCCUUGCCUCUCUGAUCCUGUUCGAAGAUCUUCUCUGUUUCUUAAAUUGGCACUAGUAGCUCUCCACCUCUUCUUCAUCGGCUUCCUUCUCGUUUGCGAUGAUGAAUUCAUCGAGAAAACUAAGCUACAUCCAUGGUAUAUGUCCUCUUACUUGUUCUUGUUCUGUGUCACACUUCUCCAGUACUUCGUCACUUCUGGCUCUUCACCUGGGUAUGUUAUUGAUGCAAUGAGGGAUGUUGACGAGACUAAUGCAAUGUACAGAAACGCACCUACCACCACAUCAUUCGAAGGCAACAACAUGCUUCCAGAAAAAAGUGGGAGCGCAGUUAUUACUAUGGAAGGCGAAUCAGCCUCAAGUGGCAGAAGGGCUCCGACUUACUGGGGGAGGAUGGUUCUGGACUUGUACCCUCCAGGUACAUCCUUAAGAGCUUUGACAUGCGGCUAUUGUCAUGUGGAGCAGCCUCCACGAGCCAAACAUUGUCAUGACUGUGAUCGAUGUGUUAUUCAGUUUGAUCAUCACUGUGUUUGGUUGGGAACAUGUGUAGGAAAGAAAAACCAUUGUAAAUUCUGGUGGUACAUCUGUGAAGAGAGUGCUCUAUGCAUCUGGACACUCAUCAUGUACAUUGACUACCUUAGUAACGUAGCCAAGCCUUGGUGGAAGAAUGCAAUUAUCAUACUUCUGCUUGUCAUAUUGGUGAUCUCCUUGAUAUUUGUGCUGCUUCUUUUGCUAUUUCACAGCUACCUCAUUCUUACGAAUCAAAGCACUUAUGAACUCGUGAGGCGAAAACGUAUUCCAUACAUGAGGAAUUUUCCGGAGCGAGUACAUCCUUUUAGCAGAGGAAUCAAGAGGAAUCUAUACAACGUCUGUUGCGGCAACGAUUCUCUAGACUCGUUGCCCACUGCCUACGAACUGGAGGAUAGAUCAAGAUCCUCCUCCUACACUUGCUUAGAUAUCUUGAAAUGUCGUUGUUGCUAAGUGUCCAUUAGUCUAAUAAGGUAAACAUGUUUUAUCUAAAACAUGAGUGACGUUUGUAUACAUACAUACAGUGAAUAAAGAUGAAAAUUAAAAUCAUAUAUGCAAA